AUGGAGAUUCAGGCACACUACCAAACUUUCGUGUAUAUCUUUUUAGUUAUUUUAAUUGGUUUUCUUAUCAAUGUAAAUACACAAGAUUUUACUUUUACAUAUAAUGAGAAAAGUGUGAAUAAUUUUACCAGAAAAUUUUUCGUUAAAACUAUUGAUUCGCUUUCUGAUGGAACAGUCAUUGUUCGCAUCAUGAAAGAAAAGAAUAAAGACGAUCAGAAUCAGACAACAUAUUAUGAACCAAAAUUGUUAUUGCGCUUUAUUCUUCCUAAUGGAAGUGUGACUGAAAUAAAUAAUGUGAUUGAAAAAAAUAAUGGAAGUGUGACUGAAAUAAAUAUACCUUAUUAUAAUUUUAAUUAUCCUAGUUAUGCUUUAGGAAGUAAUGGAUAUAAAAGUGAUGAUAAAUUCAAUCCUCUGGACUCCUAUCCGCUAUUUGAUAAUUACAUUCUGAUAGUGUACACAAAUGCCAGUGAUUGGAAUAAUAAUACAACAUUUGUAGAUCAGGGAAUGAUUAUUGAUUGGACUGGAACAAAAAAGAGUGACAUAAAAUUCGGGGAAUCUUAUAUCGAUCGUAAUUCUACGUUGAUGCCAAAUCAAGCUACAUUCGCAAUGAAUUCUGAUCGAACGAAAGGGUUUUUACGCUUUUCACCAAUAAGAGGAUCAAAUGAUGCUGAAUGGAAGCAAUAUUUUGUCAAUUAUACAGGACAUUUAAGCUUGAUAGGUUCGGGCAUUAUAUCAAACUUUUUUUCUAAUCGGGAUCAUAGUGAUGCAAAUUAUACAAUAUUCUCGACUACCAAUAAUGAUUAUGUUAUA